UUUCUAGAGAUACACCAACCAGAUUCUGCAGGAUGGGAAUCUUCAGAAUGCUUGAGAAGUGAUCUUAGACAUUUAGAAUCAGAACUUUCAUUUCUCAGUGUGCUUACUGGCUUCACUAUAACAGAUUACUCUAAGACAAUGGAGGAUCUGACAAGCACUGAGAUGGCAGAAGAAGGUAUAAAGAAAGUUCUACAGAGACACAGAUUAUCAGGAAAUUACCACAUAGUUACAUUUCAACUUGAAUUACAGAUUCUGGAAACACAGAAUAAGGAGAAAUUAUCUUCUGUCAUUACUGACCUUGCCAUAAUAAUGGAGCCCUCAGAAUACUCAGAACUAAGUGACUUUGUGUCUAGAGCAGAAGAAAGAAGAGAUUUAUUCAUGUUUUUCCGAGGCCUGCAUUUUUUUGUGAAGUGGUAUGAGUAUCGUAAGCGCACAUUUAAACAUUUCAAGGACAAGUACCCAGACAUAGUACACCUCCCAGAAGGGUCCUGUUCCCACUGCUUGGGGAUCUGCAGUGCUCGCCACCCAGGGUUUGAACUGGUGAUUGUUUGGAGGAUACAAGUAGAUGAAGAAGGGAAGGUUUUACCAAAGCUGGAUCUUCUCACAAAAAUUCCUCAGCGAGCCUUACAGCUGGACAAGAAUGGAGUCAUAGAAAAUGCUCCUCUGAGCUUCCAGACCCUGCUAGGAGUGCUUGGAAUUGAAGCUGCUGUUGAAAGCCUGAUAAGAUUGCUCCAUGCAAGGAAUGAGUAGCUCCCAAAGGGUGGACGUGAGGAUAAGAGGCGUACAAGAGCAGUCCGCCUUAAUCUUUUCCAUGUAGAAGCCACACUCUCAAGAAAUGCCUCCUGUGUAUUUCAGCAUAUUAGACUCGAUG